AUGGAGAACGUGAAUGUCAUUACAACCAGGAGUGGGAGAGUGUUGAAUCCAGUUGCAUCACAAGGGAAAAGUCCCGAGCUACCCAUUGAUCUGGAAGAGACUGAUGAUGCAGAUCCUAAGAAGGUGAAAGAGUCUGCAAAUGUAGACACGCCAAAGGAGUUAUUGCCUGCUCAUGAUGGACUCAAGUCAGUCAAUGGGGAAGAUGGUUGCUUAUGCGAGUUUGGAUAG